AUGGCGGCGCCCUGCGCUGCGAAGUUUGUUUUCAGAGGAGGUGCUUCAGGGUUGUGUCAGAGGGCUGCGUCUUUGUCAAGAUGCCAGCUUUGCCCAUCUCAUACCCGGUCUCCACCCCGACGUUGUUUCUUUUGGAGGAAAUGGCAGAGUUCCCAUAGCGUGGUGCGCCCGGCGGUGGUACGGCCCUCUUACGCCGUACCCAAGCACAUCCAAAGACCAGAUUAUGUGUCUUCCAGCACAGUCCCUGAGUGGGCAGAUUACAUUGAGAUUAAAGAUGAGGAGCAGAUUGAGGGUCUAAGAAGAGCCUGCCAGUUAGCACGACAGAUCUUACUGCUUGCUGGACGCAGCUUAAAGGUUGGCAUGACAACAGAUGAAAUAGAUUUCAUAGUUCAUCAGGAAGCCAUCAGGCACAAUGCGUACCCCUCCCCUCUACGCUACGGAGGUUUCCCCAAAUCUGUCUGCACCUCUGUUAACAAUGUGGUGUGUCACGGCAUACCUGACAGUCGGCAACUUCAGGACGGAGAUAUCAUCAACAUAGACGUUACUGUUUACUUUGAGGGUUACCAUGGCGAUACCUCAGAGACGUUUCUGGUUGGUUCGGUGGACGAGAGGGGUAGGAGGCUGGUGGAAGUGGCACGGCAGUGUCGAGACCAGGCCAUCGCCGCCUGCGGACCCGGCAAACCCCUCUGCGUCAUUGGCAACACUAUUAGCGACAUAGCGAACGCAAAUGGCUUCCGCGUGUGUCCGUAUUUCAUCGGGCACGGGAUCGGGUCGUAUUUCCACGGCCAUCCUGAGAUCUGGCAUCACGCGAAUGAUAAUGACCUCCAGAUGGAGGAGGGCAUGGCCUUUACUGUAGAACCUAUCCUGAUGGAGGGAACGUCGGAAUUCCGAAUCCUCAGGGACAAAUGGACGGCGGUGUCGGCGGAUGACAAAAGAUCUGCCCAGUUUGAACACACAGUUGUCAUCACUGCUGAUGGUGUGGAGAUUCUGACCAGACUACCAGAGGAGGACUGACUGUUCCCAUGGAGUUUGUUUGUUGGUGUCUUUGCGAGAGAGAGAGAGUGAGAGAGAGAGACUGAAACAUUCUUGCAUUAGAUGCAUAGCCUCAUCACCAUCUGUGAGUGUGCUGUUGAAAGGAAGAGUGCUUAUU